AUGGAGACGUCCAAGCCCAAUGGCGAUAUAGGCCAGCAGCCGAUGCAGAUUGACCCCAAGACAGAGCCCGAACAGCCCAAGAAGGAGGCAGAGACGCCGAAAGAUCAAGACUCGAAGCCCAAGGCCAGGACUCCUGAACAGAUCGCAGCACUCUCCAGUUUGACUAACGCUCAGAUCUACUCGGCCAACAGCAAGCUGAACCUAUCCGUGGAUGUCUAUCAUGUCAAUGUUGAGGGAAAAGGAGAUGCCGCAAUUCAUUUGCUCAUCGUUCAGGAUCGAGCGUUCUUGAAACCAUUUGUCCUCCGGGCAGUCCUCAUUGAUGGUGGUACGGCUUCAGGCGCGGAGAGGAUCAAAGCUGUCCUGAGAGACAAAAUCGGGAAAUUGUACGACUUUGAUAGAACCCAAGGUGGCCGGACUGCCAUUGGACAGCAGCUGGAAUGGCCUCCCUUCGACAGCAUGGUCGUCACGCAUUGGGAUGAUGACCACUAUUCUGGUGUCAUGGAACUCGUGCACGCUGAUCUUUCGAACCAGUAUGCCAGCAUUGCUCGACCGGCACCAAUUCCCAACGAUGCCGCGGCAGAUGUCAAGGCGUCACAUGCUGCAGCAGAAAAGGCGUAUCAAGACAAGAUUGACAACCUCCGAACAUCAUAUCUCUCACCCUUCAUGAAGUACGCACUACCAUCACAGGCUACGAACACAGCAGACCAGGGUUCCAAUACAGGCAACAAAGGGAAUGUUCAAGAUAACAAAGCAACACCGAAUUCGCGGGCGGAGAGAGCAUUGACGAUACUGUACUGCCCAUACUUCGGCAACAACAGAGUCUGGGGAGGCAAAUUCCCCUCGCAAUGGUUCCAGACGUCCAAAGUACAAAAGUCUGGAGGUACGAACCCGGGGCCGGACGAGAACGGAAUUGGUGAUGGCAGCAGCUUUCUCGCCCGGCGCGGCAGAGUAUGGCCCUUCUACGACGAUGGGCAAGGCACGAGGGCGAACGACGGUCCUAACCUUCCCACACGAUUUCUCGACUGGAACAUGAGGCCUGAAGGGGCAGGCAGAGGCGCGAUAGACCCGACCGAAUGGGCCAAGAAGAUCUGCAAAAUCCGUGCGGGAAAUCAAUACAUCCUGGGCACUAAUCUGUUCACCGGCUGGCGCCUGGCCGAGGUCCAAUGCCAUCAAGUCAAGAACCCGAUGCAGCUAGCUCUAGCACACACAUCCGCAGACAGCUUCAAAGAAGGGACCAACAAGGCUGAUCCGAUGCUCAAUACAACCGCUGCCGCCGUUGUCAAUGGUCUACCCAAACAUGAGCCAAACCAAGCUCAACCGGUGCUGCUUAUUGUUGGAGCCAACGGUGACUAUUGCGGCCAAUCUUUGUCUAAUGCAUUAACUGCUGCAAGCGACACAGACAUGAAGGACGAGGAACCAGCAAACGAACAAGAAGAUGGCAUCACUGAUAUGGACAGAUUCUCGAACUGGGCUGCACAAGAACCCAAGGCUGACACAACAGACAACUUGGCGAAAGCGCAAGUCCAAGACCUGCGUGGGCAGCCGAAAGACAAAGGUGCCAACAUGAUGAUCCGUCCGAACGACAAGCCCAUCGAUCCUUUCAAAUUUAGGAUGAAAGUUGUUGAUAAAGCCACCCCGAUGGGUGGAAGCGAGAUCACCAACGCAGCAUCGAUCAUCACCUUGCUAGUGUGGACCGAUGGACAUAUGUCACAUUACUCCGCCGGUGAUGCUCAGUGGGAAAUCGAGAACAAGAUCGUUGCUUGGAUUCAGGCUGGCCAGAAUCCAUUCCAAUGCAUUCGAGCCGUGAAGCUCUCGCAUCAUGGAGCCACCUACUCCACUCCUCUUGACCUGGUACACAAGUUCAGACCAAGAAGCAUCAUUGUCUCGGCCUCAGGCAGAGACUACGGUCAUCCUGUAUACGAGUUGCUUUUUUACUUGAAUCGCUGGUUUAGGACUUCGAACCGUAUCGUCCCGAGCGGAAACGCUCCUGGAAAAUUGUUUCACUCUCUAUCAUAUCCCUACUAUCUUGCAAAGAGGGAAACGCAAAAUGGAGCCGAGGAUACUACCAAGACCAAAUCUGGGGAAGCCGAAGGAGAUGUAACGAACACUGGCGAGUCAUCGCAGACGAAGGGCGCCGAAAAUGGAGACGCAGAGACAACCCAGCAGACCGGAACCAAGAAAGUGGAGACAAUUCGCCAGGCCGUCGCGCCACAAUAUCGAGCCUUCGGGAAGAACAACUUCUUCCAUGAGAUGCUUGCAGAGAAAGUUACGGGCGUCAGGGCAGCUUACAUAAAACGUCUCAGGCUCAUCGAAGACCGACUGCCCCAGCAAAGCCGAUCACUGGAUGGAUUUGCUGCUCUGGAGACAACCAUUAAAGCGAAGGUGGCCGCCAAAGAAUGGUUCCUGGUGGAUGGCGAGAUCAGCAAGCAGAACUUCACACUCAAUACCGUGGAGAGUGGAAUGCCUCUGAUUGCACCAUGGGAGCCCAAGCUUUGCACAACUGUGGCAACGGUUGAUACAGCACUUGGUACCUUACAGAGCGCAAAAGAUGAACUGCAAUACGUCAAAGUCCAUUGUCGUUCGUGGAGUACCGCUCGACGCGCCCAAGAUUUAGAUCAGCGGCUAGAUGGAUAUACCAGUUUUCAAACAUCCGAGGCUCCACUGAUCCUGGCAUCGGACAGCUCAGCGGCAUCACGUCCGGCUGGCAAGAAGAGAAAAGCAAUCGAUAAAAGUGCAACGCAAGAAGAAAGAAAAACGGCCGAAUUCGAGCAGAUGCAAGCUGCUCUGGUCAAGAGAAGGCUAGUCCGUCCUCUCAGAAAGUCUGUGGAGGCAAGCUACAAUGUUCAAAUCAAAGUUGCCGCGCAGGAAAUUGAGGAGAUCAGACACGGGCCAUCCAGGAAACGCAAAGGAGGUCAAGACACGAGUGACGAUAAAAAGCGUCCGAAGCAGAAAGAGGAAGCGGCACUUGAGGAGGAUGGCGAGGCAGGAAGGGACACCGACCUACGUGCAUUUGUGCUCCCCCACGCCACAGCUGCAACUGUACCCGACACCGCACUUUCGGCUACAGGCGACAGUCAUGUACAGGCUUCAGUUGCUAGCGUGACAGUUGCGACAAAUGCCGUGGAAAGCUCUGCAGUGGUUGGCGAACCUCCAAGUGAACCUGCUGCCGACGCAGACGAACCGGAGUCUUGGAACCUUGUCUCUAUCUCCUUGGUCACAGAUACCGACACCUCAUCAUGGAAAAAUUUAGUGCCCAUCUCAGCUGCCACCGGUGGUUACGAAGCUUUACUCGAAUGGAUCGUGGAGCCGGUCUUCACAGUCGACGCUACGGGGAAGGCUGACUCCGCCAGUGGUUUCAGAUCAUCUCUAUUCAGCGCGCUCGAUAUCGAUGACGAAGCUUCGACACUCACAGCUUUGUUCGCCCCCGAUAGCAAGAUACAGGAUGGUCUAUGGACUGGUUUGAGCCUGAAUUGUAAGCAAGCCGGGCAUGAUCUGGAGUUCUCAACGACAUCCGCGAGCUCUUACUUUGGUACAUCGUUCGAAUACUUGCCUGAUUACGAAGUGCCAGCUAGUGGGAUAAUACCACAACAUCAGACACUGAUUUUGGGACUCGCCAACAAUCCGACAGAGAAAUGGAACUUCACAAAUCUGCUGACUUGGCUCGGCAUUUUGAACGAAUCAGGAACUACAGAUGCUAUAUCUGAUCUAGAAACUGCAAUCGGCACUGGCGUAACUUUCGACCUCAAGCGAGGAGCGAUCUGGUUCUGCUCUGCGGAAGAUUUCGGCGUUGUUCAACGGAUGGAGUGGCAAUUGGACGCUCCAGCUAUCAAGAAGUGGUUGGACAAAGGCUUCAUGGAACUAGGAUCAGAAAUCACGCUCGAGGAUCCGUUAAUUACAGGCCGCAAGGUCACUCGAUCUUCAGAGACUUCCUCUGGAACUCUGUUCAUCGAUGCGUACGAGUUCAUGGUUGCACUCAAACUCAAGAGGCCUGUCGGCAAUACUGUUCAAACACUGACCACGAACAUCCAAGUCGAUCUUGGAAAUGGAGGCAUGGCGAUUGCAAUCAGUUUGCUUCCGUCUUCUGGCACCCUCGGCGAUAUGUUGGGCUGGAUUGCUGGUCUGGUCGGAGCAGAUGAUCGUGGCGGUAUAACCGAUAUCGUGAACUCCAUUCCCGGACUGGAUAAGCUACAGAUGAAGAGAGUUACAUUGAGAGCCUCGAAGCGCGGCGUAGAAAGCUUUUCUAUCGACCUGGAAUGGACCCCUGGAUGGAAGACUACAGCUACCGCCACGGAGGAAGCAGUUGAGGUACCAGUUCUGCUCUCGUACAAAUGGACGAAAGCCAUGAAGCCGGACCCGCAUUCGAUCGUGGCCCAAGUCUGGUUCGAGCCUUCAUUCGUACGAGAUCCAGAAAGUGCUCCGACUGAACUUUCGCCUUUCUAUGAGCCUUCGAAGGUUAUACGUCCAACAUUACCGGCACCGUCAAGCGUGAGUCUGCAAUCCCUCAUGCCAGGCGAUUAUGCUCUUCCCAAAGAACUGGAUCUCGAGAUCGUGGAAUUAGUCCUAUCUUUGGAAGGCAAAAAAGUCUCGUUCUCUGGUAUGCUGGUUGCAAGCGAACAAGAGGAUGACGAUGCCGCCGACGAUGGUUUAGGCAUUCGCCUCGAGCAAGUGACCGUCAGAGCGAGCUACGAGCGCGGAGAUUCCCCGCCAGGUCCAUCUACUGGCGCUGCGAAGCCCAAGGGCGAAGCUUCUUACGAGCUAUUCUUGGAAGGUGUCAUCGAUAUCUCGGUGCCUAGCAAUAAUCUCAAGACUGACGAGGAGCCGGACGCGAACCAGACACUGCUUGUUUUGGGUAUCGAUCUUCAGGCAAAGGGGAAGAGUAAGCUCUGCCACCUUCAUGGUUCUGUGGACAAUCUCAAUAUGGGUGCACUCGGACGCUUCUUUCCUGCUGAGGAUGAGGAAAUCAUCACGGACAUACUUGGCAAUAUUACCUUAGAGUCUCUAGACAUCGACUACUUGUAUGGAAGUAAUGGUGCGGCAAGCGAAUUUGACAUUGGGGCGAUACUUCGUAUCGGACCUUGCGAGCUGGAAGUUGACUUCCAUCGCGACACGGAGUCUUGGCGUUUCGAAGCUUUACUGCAAGCAGCGGAAGGAACUGAUGCCACUGUUGGUGCACUAUUGGAGGAUAUCCUUGAUGAUGACACUGCUGCGUUUGACAGCGUGCCAUCCUUCAUCAAGGAUAUGUCGCUUUCUGGAGGAAAUGCGUACGUCUCAUUGAAAUUGGCUUCACUCGAUGCGGCCUCAGUCACACCCGAGACUCCUCCUCCAGGUCCGAACGAGCUGAAGCCUGGAAAGAAGUACCUGGCGAUGUACCUGACCAUGCGGCUCCCAGUUCCUGGUGGAGCAGGCGUAGAGCUGUCCUUCAUUCAACUCACUGAGAAGACAGUGGUGCCUGCAGGCCAACCACGUCCUCUGCCUGCUCCUGGAGCGCUGCGCAACAAGACAAAACGCAUCAUCCGCGUGUCCGUGGUGGAUUUGCCUUGGCAUAAGAUUCCUCAACCACCUGUCGUGGGCAAGAUCGAGCCACUUUUCGAUGGACUGCACUUCCUUUGGGUACAAGAUCCCGUUGAAAACAAAGGUAUCACACGACAGGAGUUGGCAAUACUCGCCGAGGUCAGCGUUAUUCAAUUCAAGGAAACGGCCCGGCAGCCUAAACCAAUCGACAUUGUACUAACUGCAGGAAUGCACUUCUGCAUCGCAGAUGCGUCAAAACUGCUACUUGACUACGGCUUCAACAAGCCCAAAGACGUUACUCAAAGAUCAAGAAAUGUAGUCAGCAAAUCCGACAAAGCUCCACUACCGACUGGUGCUCCAGUGAAUACUGGAAGUGGUGAGGGCACAGCUACUAGCGAUCUGGCGAAGAAAGUUGGCCCAAUCGCUGUUUCAAACGUGGGCAUUCGGUUCGAAGAUAAUGUACUCUUGCUUUUCUUUGACAUUGCUGCUCACCUGGGGCCAGUACAAGUCAUGCUUCUAGGAUUCGGCAUCGGCGUGAACCUCAAAACGCUCAACUUGCAAUCGUUGGCAUCCAUCGAGCCACAAUUUCAGCUCAAGGGGAUGGGAAUAUCGUUCCAACAGCCACCUGUCGGCAUUGCUGGUAUGUUCAAGGAUGCAUCGACUUCCACUCAGCGUCUCUACAUGGGUGGCGUUGCUGUCUCCUUCAAGCCGUAUAGUUUCAUGGCAGUUGGCGAGUAUGGUGAGAUUGCCCGGCCUGGUUCAGUUGGAGUGACAGAUACGUACAAGACGUUGUUCAUUUUCGCCAAACUGGAAGGACCUCUGAUCGAGCUGGAGUUUGUGACCAUCGGUGGCAUCACCUUGGGCUUCGGAUACAACUCGAACCUGCGAUUUCCGACCAUCGCACAGGUACCAUCAUUCCCAUUCAUCGCCAAUACAGUCGGAGGCGAAAAUUCAGAUCCUUUGACUGUCAUGAACCAGCUCGUCGGCCAAGCAGAUUCCUAUGUCAAGCCCCAAGAGGACUCCUUCUGGAUAGCAGCUGGACUACAAGCUAAAGCCUUACAAGUGCUGGACGUAUCAGCUGUGGUCAUCCUCGAAUUCAACCCAUACGUCAACCUCGGAAUCUUCGCAAAAGCCAUUGCCCAAAUGCCACCUGCACCAACACCACGCAUUGCCUGCUUCGUCUACGUCGAACUCGGAAUCAUGUGCACAGUCGAUUUCCACGCAGGAGCUUUCCGUGUUGAAGCACAACUCUCGCCGAACUCGUUCGUCAUACAUCCUAGCUGUCAUCUCACAGGCGGCUUUGCUCUAUGCUAUUGGUUCGGAUCUUCGCCGUACUCUGGAGAUUUCGUUUUCACAGUCGGCGGCUACCAUCCCAUGUACAAACCCCCACCACAUUAUCCCGUGCCACCUCGACUCGGCAUAUCAUGGCAAAUGGGACCAGUUUCGAUUCGCGGUGAAGCAUACUUCGCCAUCACUCCACAGUGCUGCAUGGGCGGCGGCAGACUAGAAGUCGUAUUCAGCGCUGGUCUGCUAUGCGCAUACUUGACAGCUUACGCUGACUUCUUGAUCGUGUACAAUCCAUUCUACUUCAUGGGAGAGAUGGGCGUAUGCGUCGGCGUUCGGUUCACGAUGGAUAUCCUCUUCGUCACCAUCCACAUCUCCGUCGAGCUCAACGCACGGCUGCGCCUCAGAGGACCCGAGUUUGGUGGGUCUGCUUAUGUGGACUUUUGGGUGUUUGGGUUUGAGAUUUCAUUCGGUGCAGAGGCCAAACGACCAGGAAAGAAGACGCUGGAUGAAUUCGUGGAACUUUUGCUCCAAGUCCCGGAUGCCGAUUCUGUUGCUCGUACGGCCAUUGCUGAUGGACGAGCGACUACGGGGCAAAUCGACAAGCUUCAUGUGCUCUCGGUUGAAGAGGGCAGAUAUACUAACAAGGCUAAAGAUGCCACAUCGGAUCCUGGUGCAAUUUGGGAAGUAAAGCGAGCUGGUUUCCAAUUUCGCGUACAGAGUCGGCUUCCAUUGCAAACGAUCACACAGCCAGCCGCCAGCGACACCGAACCAGAUCUUGUGCUACUGGAGGAGAACCCAUUCUACGCCAAACCGAUGCAGCUGACCACACAGCUCGUCUCCACCAUGACAGUCUCAAUUGCAAAAAUCGAAAAGAACGGCAACAAUGAAGUGGCCACUUUCCUCCCUUUGCCAGUCAUAAAGAGCACGCCGAAAGCACUAUGGGAUGAAUAUAAACCCUCCACAGACCCAACAUCCGGCCAAACCAAACCCUCCUCCCUCCUAUCCAACACCGAUCCAGCAACAAUGGACCUCCUCAUGGGUGCAACAUUCUGUGCUCCAUUCCCUUUCCGCUCCUACGACAAGAUCCUCAAAUACAACGUUCUGAGAUCUUCAAGCUUAGACGUUUUCACUCUCGCAGAUGUGGAUGCCGCUGGCAAACCAUUGCGUCCAACACUCCCAUCAACCAAUCAAUUCGUCUCCGAACAAUGGCGAUCUGCGCAGCCAGUAGAAGGUGCGAUGCAGUGGACUUUUGUGCAGAGUAAAUGGAAGCAGGCAGUUGGGCAGAAAGUGGAUGUUGCAGAAGGGGAGAAAUCGGUGGGAGUCGUGGAAAGCGUUAUUAGUACGUGGCAGGAUGCUAUGGGUUGGAACAAUGUCGAAAAUGGUCUGAAGAAUGAUUUGAAGGGUGAUGGAGAUGAUGAUCGGGAUCAGGUGUUGCUGUGGAAGCAGUUUGAUCAUUUGUAUAUGGCUGCGCCGAUGAUUGGGGUUGGAGCAUAG